AGGUAGUAGUUUUGCGGUUUCGCAUUCAUCGCGACUGCAAAAGUUUCAAUGUCGAGGAACGGAAGAUAUGAGUCGUACUAAGAUUACGGGAACGAAUGUGUGUAUGGUACAAAGAAAAUCGGAACGUUCGAAGUCUCUUCAAGGUGAUCUUUAACAGUUACAGCUCGAUUAAAGAAGAAUAGAAGAAAUGGAUGGUACUAGAGCAGCGGAGAUUUUGCCUUUGCUUCAAGAGCGUCUGGCCAUAUUACCAGGUGGUCGAGAUCGUAGAGGCGGACCGGUACUUGUGUUUCCUACAACUCCUAGAAGAGAACGUGCAAAACCUGAAGAUUAUCGUCGUCUGUUGCAAUACCUAUUUACUGUACCUGGCGAGGAGGCCAGGAGUUUGCGUUUCACUGUGAUUGUGGACAUGCGUGGUGCUACGUGGGACUCUGUUAAACCUAUUCUCAAGGUGUUACAUGAACACUUUCAUCGUUCGGUUCAUGUUGCUUUCAUCAUAAAACCUGAAAAUUUUUGGCAAAAACAGCGAACUACACUGGCUAAACAAAAGAAGUAUAAUUUUGAGAUAAACACUAUAAGCCUAGAAGCGCUGACAAAAGUAAUAGAUCCAUCCCAAUUGACUGGGGAUUUAGACGGAUCGUUGCAAUACGACCAUGCGCAAUGGAUCGAUACUAGACUCGCUGUAGAAGAUUUUACGUGGCAGGCGGCCGAUCUUCUUGAUCGAUUAGACGACUUGCAAGAGGAUUUGAGUCGCAACGAUUUCGCUGACGAUGUGGCUGGAGCGAAACACGGGAUCGACUUACAUAAUGAAAUGAAAAAGAAAAUUAUGAAAGUUCCAGUGGAAGAGAUCGAAGUUGUCGGUCAACGAUUGCUGACACGUUUCGAUAAUAGUAUGGCUGCAACCAGUAGCGAUGGAGGAGGUAGCAUCGAGAGUGGUGCCAUUGGCGGUACUGACCCUGAUGGACGAGCAUUGGCAACCUUGGUGAUUCAACACUUGGAUUCUGUGCAUGCAGCGCAACAACAUCUCUUGCAGCUGUGGCAUAUAAAAAAAAUGAAGUUGGAGCAGUGUUUUCAGCUGAGACUUUUUGAACAGGAUUGUGAAAAAAUGUUCGAUUGGAUUUGUCAUAAUAGAGAAGGAUUUUUGGCAAAUUACGUCGAGAUCGGUCGAUCUUAUCAGUUGGCGAAAACUUUGCAGGAAGAGCAUAAGCAUUUCACCAUAAGUUCCAUGAACGUAUAUGUAAACGUGAAUAAAAUCCUAACGAUGGCCAGUCGUUUGCUCGAAACACAGCACUAUGCUGCCGGACAUAUCAGAGCGGUGGCCGGUCGACUGGAUCGAGCUUGGAAAGAAUUUGCUGCGGGUCUCGAUGAACGAACCGCGGUUCUCAGCUUGAGCGUUGUUUUUCAUCAUAAGGCUGAGCAGUACGUGGACAGCGUCGCUGGAUGGAGUCAAGCAUGUGACGCUGGGAACUUGCCUAAUGAAAUACCGAUCUUGGAAUCUCAUAUACGACAACAUCAGUCACUUUACGAGGCGAUGUGUCAAGCUUAUACAGAGGUACAUAGUACCAGUAAGAAGCUUCUUUAUCAACUGGAUCAUCUCGUGCAAGUCUGUAAUCAACCACAGGGGAUAGACCAUACAUCCAGAAAACAUAGCCAAGAUGGACACGGCAUCGAUGGGCAUUCUGGUAUGAGUGGGAAUCCAGCUGCGGAUUAUAGCGAGGGUGCAUCACACGUCUUGGCAGUUAUUCAUCAAAUCUUAGGUCAUCACAGAGCAUUAGAAGCUCGUUGGCAUGCCCGAAAAGUAAAAUUACAUCAGCGCCUCGCCUUGAGAUUAUUUCAAGAAGAUGUGAAACAAGUUUUGGAUUGGUUAACGAACCAUGGCGAGGUAUUCAUUAGAAAGAAUACGGGAGUAGGUCGCAAUCUUCAAAAGGCAAGAGUAUAUCAGAAGAGCCACGAACAUUUUGAAAACGUUGCACAGAACACAUAUACGAAUGCCACCAAGUUGCUUACCGCUGCACAAGAAUUGGCGCACACGGGAGAAUGUGCUGCUGAUGAGAUAUAUGCUGUCGCUCAGGAAUUAGAGGCUCACGUCAGUAGCUUUGCAGCCAGAGUUGAACAGCGUCGACGAAGGUUGGAUUUAGCGGUUGUGUUUUACACUCAUGAAAAAGAGUUGAGCGGUUGGGUCGACGAAUUGCGACAAGAGUUGCAACAGGACGAGGUUGCAGAGAAUCUGGAAACAGCAGAGAGGUUAUUGGAACAGUGUGCCCAGCAUAGAGCCUCUUGCUUAGAAGCUUGCACAUCUACCAUCGUACAGGGUGAAGCGUUGCUUCGGGAACUACGUGAGUCUACUGAUGCUCCCGACACUACGGGUUCUAUAACUGCAGUGGAAGCUGCGCUCGGUAGAUUGUCUGGCUUAAGACAGGAAUUGGAAGAUUUAUGGGCUACUAGAAAAUUGAGACUCGAACUUUGUCUACGAUUGCGCGUUUUCGAAAGGGACGCUCUAGAAGCAAGCGGUCAGUUAGAGAUGUGGGCGCAAGAACUGCAAGGUCCCCCUCGAGAGGGAUCUCCUGAGCAACUGUUACGUGUGCACAACGAUGGCGUUGCUCAUAUGCAAAACACUGCUUUUCAGGUUCUGCAACAGGGACAAGAGCUUGCUCAGGUACUGGAACAAUCUGGAGUUUGUAUAAUGGCAGAUGGACAGCAUAGCGCAGCGUCUAGAGUCCAAGUACUGCUCGAAUUCUUAAACGAAAGGGAAAUGGAUGCGGAAGAUCUGGCGGAAAUGCGAAGGGUUCGGCUAGAACAAGCAUCUCAAUUGGUACAAUUGCAAACAGACGCCACUCACGUCGCUAAUUGGAUACGUAACGGCGAAGCAAUGUUAUUAGCAUCGUUGAGAGUUCCAGAAAAUCUUCAAGAUGCUGAGCAGCUUCGAUUAGAACAUGAACAGUUUCAAGUUGCUAUAGAAAAAACGCAUACCUCGGCUGUUCAGGUGAAGCACAGAGCGGACGCAUUGGUAAGCGCUAAUCAUUACGAUCCGAAGAGUAUAAGGGAGGUGGCUGAAGACGUGACCAAGAGGUGGCAACAACUGGUGACGUGUGCCGAGGAGAGACAUAAAUUAGUGACUGCUAGUAUUAACUUUUACAAAACGGCAGAACAAGUACGUUCUGUAUUAGACAGCUUGGAACGCGAAUACAAAAGGGACGAAGAUUGGUGUUCCUCUGGCGAGAAAGCGGUGCAAGUUCCGACACUCGUUGGUAAACACCAGGAACAGAAAGAAGCAUUUUUAAAAGCGUGCACGUUGGUACGGCGAACUGCGGAAACAUUCCUGAAAUAUACGAAUCGUAGUCUGCAAUUUUAUAGUUAUCAGGCAAAUAGCACUGGUUCCGAGAAUAAAGUUAAAAGUAUUUUGGAGGAAUUACUUUGUAAGGAGAAUCGAGUGCUAGAAUAUUGGACUCAACGUAAGAAGCGUCUAGAUCAAUGCCAUCAGUAUGUUCUUUUUGAGCGCAGCGCUAAACAAGCCCUAGAAUGGAUUCGAGAAACCGGUGAAUUGUAUUUAGCUACGCAUACCAACGUUGGAAAAAAUCGUGUCGAAAACGAACAACUAUUACACGAACAUAAUGAGUUUAAAGGUGCUGCCAAGGAAACGAGAGAAAGGGUAAAAUUGUUAAUUCAACUUGCCGAUAAUUUGGUCGAGAAAGGUCAUGCUCACGCAACAGCAAUUAAACAAUCGGUUGCCGAAGUUGAUCAACGAUACAAGGAUUUCAGUAUGCGAAUGGAUUGUUACAAAACACAAAUCGAAGAUGAUCUAGGAAUUCAGUCCGACGAUGGUCAGAAAGAUUUGUGUAUCGAUCGCAAUUCCGAUCCGUUGCUCGAAGAGAAAAUCAAAGGAAAGGACCUUAAGGAAUUGAACGAAGAAAAAAGACGGUCAGCACGACGGAAAGAAUUUAUAAUGGCCGAAUUGUUACAAACGGAACGUACUUACGUGAAAGACCUGGAAACUUGUAUUCGUUGCUUCUUGGAAGAAACCCGAUGCGGCAAAGGUAACGUUCCGGCGGGACUGCAAGGCCGAGAAUCGAUAAUCUUUAGCAAUAUGGAGGAAAUUCAUCAGUUUCAUAGCAAUAUAUUUCUUCGCGAAUUGGAAAAAUACGAAACCAUGCCGGAGGAUGUUGGACAUUGUUUUGUAACUUGGGCGCCCAAGUUUGACAUGUACGUGACCUAUUGUAAAAAUAAACCCGAAAGUAAUCAAUAUUUGGUUACUCAUGGUGGUACAUGGUUCGAAGAAUUACAAAGGAAACACCGUGUUGAACAUCCAAUUGCCGCGUAUCUAAUUAAACCCGUGCAAAGAAUCACAAAGUAUCAGUUGCUUCUGAAAGAUCUUCAGGCUUGCUGCCAAGAAGGACAGGGAGAAAUAAAAGACGGGUUGGAAGUGAUGUUAAAUGUGCCUAAAAAAGCGAACGAUGCCUUACAUUUGAGUAUGCUAGAAGGCUGCGACGUAAGAAUAGAUACUCUCGGCGAUGUAGUACUACAAGAUUCGUUCACGGUAUGGGAUCCGAAACAAUUAAUUAGGAAAGGUAGAGACCGACAUAUAUUUCUCUUCGAGUUGUACCUACUGUUUAGCAAGGAAGUCAAGGAUUCCGCUGGAAAGGUAAAAUAUAUUUACAAAAGCCGCUUGAUGACCUCUGAGUUGGGCGUAACUGAGCACAUCGAAGGCGAUGAAUGUAAAUUCGCAGUUUGGACGGGACGAGCACCGACCAGUGACACGCGAGUUGUUCUCCGUGCUAAUUCAAUGGAUGCGAAACAGCUAUGGGUGAAGAGAUUGCGUGAAGUUAUCCAAGAAACAUAUUUCAGUUUAAGUAUGCCUAAAAGUCCUGCUAAGAAGAGUUCGAGUCAACGUUCGAGCCGAGAUCUCGAAGAAUGCGCUUCUCUGGAUGACAGCGUCGAAAAUUUGGACAGAAACUCAUUGGCGUCCUUUGGAUCCACGAAUACCACGGACUCUGAUAAGACUGGCGCAGCUGAAGUAACUUGGGUUAUCGCGGAUCACUCGGCGGCACCCGGCUCAAGAGAAUUAACAGUGACAAAAGGUCAACAAGUUGAGGUAUUGGAAACUGGAAGCAAUAUCAGCGGUGUGAAUACGGCUGAAUGGACCCACGUGCGUUUGCUGGUUGCGCCAGGACAAGCUGAUCCUCCGCCAGAGGGAUUGGUGCCUACGAGUGCGCUUAAACAACCGCCGCCGCCCGCUUCCAAUAAGACUUCGCCAUCGAGAAAACUUCCGAGCCAGCAGCAGCAGCAGCAGCAGCAGCAGCAGCAAAGUUUUCGUUUAUCUAUUUCAGAAAAUAUUGCAAACGAUGGAAUUGUUGCCGCAAACACAAGCUCUCCUGGAAACAAGAGACGCGGUUUCAGCGGGAGAAAGUGGUUACCCCCACCGUUACGCAAACUCAGUCAAGGUAAAGUUGAGAAAUCAACGAACGCCACACCGGCGACCACGUCUACUACGGUCUCGAUUGCAUCGUCGGCCGAUCGUUCGAACUUGAAGAAGAACGUUUCGGAAAAGCGAUUCAAAUUACCAAGCAGUGCCGAGCAAGCGCGAGCGUCGAGAUCCGUCACACCCAUAUCCAUUUCUACUUUGGCAUCCGCGGCAGCGUCUAUGCAUGUCACCGCUUCGGUCUCUGAUGCGGAUCUUGAUACAGAUAAUCAGGUUGAAGUCGAAGCCGAAGAAGAGGAAGAAGGAGAGAUCGAACAAAAUUCCGAACUGGAAGAGGAUACGCCGGAGCCCGAUGACACCGAGACUUUAACUUAUUCGGAACAAAACGGAGCGGACGAUGUCGAGGAUGAUUUGGAACUUCCGCCGCCUAUGAAACCCAUUACCGAGCCAAUACUCGUAGGAACCACUAACGGCUCCUCUACAUCUGCAAUUCCAACAGAGGGCUGUGGAAAAUCUCGAACAUCCGAGAGGUCGACAAAAAUUCUUGACGGGGCUACGUCAGUUGAUUUAGCAGAAAUAGAACAGAUCGUAAAAGAGAGAAUGGAACAGCAUACGGAGAACCAAGAGAGGCAGAGCCUUCUACGAACACCCAGUGGUAAAAGUUCGAGCGUCGCUACAGGUAACGAAGAAGUCUAUAACGAAGGCUCUUCCCUGCCGUUGACGCAGAGUACUACCACGACAACGAUGACAUUGUCGACGACGACGACAGUGACAACAAGCAGUCCGGCUCAUAUAUCCACAGAGGAAUCCGAAGCUGAGAGUACGAUUUUGGCAAAGCGGCAGUUUGUGAUACGAGAGUUAGUGGACACGGAAAAAGACUACGUGAAUGAUCUUGGACAAAUAGUCGAGGGUUAUGUGUCGUUGAUGCGAGAUCCUGAAUGUGAAAUUCCUCUGCCAGAAGAUUUGCGUGGUGGAAAGGACAAGAUGGUGUUCGGCAACAUAGGGGCAAUCUACGAAUGGCACAGAGAUUUCUUCUUGAAGGCUUUGGAACGUUGUCUGGAACGACCGGAAGAACUAGGCCCGCUAUUCAAAAGAUCCGAAAGGAAGUUACACAUGUAUGUUGUUUAUUGUCAAAACAAACCUGUUUCCGAGUACAUUGUUUCCGAAUACAUAGACACUUACUUCGAGGAUCUGAGACAGAAGCUUGGGCAUCGAUUACAACUGUGUGAUCUCCUGAUAAAACCAGUUCAAAGGAUCACAAAAUAUCAACUCCUUCUCAGAGAAGCGUUAAGGCUUACUGAACGGACUCGGAGAACUUCGGAAAUCGAAGGUCUUAGAGCCGCGGUUCAUGUAAUGCGCGUUAUUCCGAAGGCAGCCAAUGACAUGAUGGAUGUCGGAAGACUGCAAGGUUUCGACGUAAGUGAUCUUUCAUCUUUUAUCUUUUAUCUUUUACGGAAUCCGCUGCUCGUAUCAGAAUUGUCGAAUCUCUCGAAUAGAGGAAGAGAGUGGCAGGUGUUUCUCUUCGAGCAAAAUAUCAUUUUCAGCGAGGCUGUUGGGAAAAAAACUCAGUUUACAAAUCCAGCCUACAUUUACAAAGCUCACAUCCAGGUUAAUAAAAUGAGUCUCGAAGAGUGCUACGACGAUCCGGAAAGAUUUGUAAUUCGAUCGACAGACCCUCGAAAGCCUGGCCUCGGUUUCUUCUGUAGCGCCUUCGAAGAUAAUGGGCCACGGAAGCAGGAAUGGGUAGACACGAUCACUGCCAUCCUGCAGACCCAACGUGACUUUCUCAAGGCGAUACAGUCGCCGAUUGCCUACCAAAAGGAACUUACCAAAGAUCCACUUCGUGGUGUGAGCCCAGAAUCUCCGUGUCGGGGAAGCGUUUUUUCAACGGUUUCAUCGACGGUAUCAACAAAUGUAUCUAACACGAGCGAGGAAGGGAAGACCGAAAUCUCUGCUAUCUCUGUCGGUGCAAAAACGUUAACAGCGACGAUAAUGACAACGGCAGCAACAGCAACAGCGGCAACAACGACAACGUCGCUUUUGCAACGAUCUCGCACCGGAGCUUUGAAUCAAGACUUUUCACGGACACCAAGCCCUACCAAAAGUAGAUUGAAUUUUCUCGAAGGAUUUCGAAGCACGCUGCGACCUCGAUCACCUGUUCGCAACAACUCUGUCCCGAUCGUUCCAGGUAGCAGAGUAAGAUUGACCGCGGAUUGGGGAAAAUUACAUGCCGGAGAAGUACUGAAGAUUUCUCGAUUGGACGGUCCAGGCUUGAUCGUCUCUCCGGUAUUUGGAAAGAAAGAAGAGUUUUGGAUUCCGGCGAGUCUUGUUCCAAAUUCAUCGAUCAGCCGUACAUGGUCUUUUCGCCCGCGGAGAAUCGAUUCCGUGGGAGAGAACGUCCAUCUUCCGCGAGAAGUACACGCGGAAGAGAACGGUCCUCCCACGAUCUUGACUAUUCCAUGUUCGAUCAGGGCGACGGCCGGUGGUGUGGCGCGACUUGUACUGGAAGUGCGCCACGUGGAACGAGCGAUCGUCUCUUGGAAAAAAGAGGGACAAGGAUAUAACAUCGAGAGAAACGAUCGAUAUCGAUUUUACCAAACGGCCGAUUCCCUUUCUCUUGAAAUUGUUCCUUGCCUGCCUUCCGAUUCCGGCAUUUAUCAUUGCCACGUCGAGCACGAAACAGGUUCUUGUUCGGCGAAGAUUCCUCUUCGUGUUGUGGGUAUUGGUUCAAACAUCUGGAACGACGCGAAUGAAAACACCGCCGUCUCCUGUCAAUCGAAUGAAUCGGUGACUGUCGAUGUUAGCUCCACGCUCUACUGUCUCAACAAAGAUACAUCUGUGAAAGAUGCAGAAAUCGUAAGUCGAGAGAAGGCAAAGACGAUGACGAUAACGAUGACAACGACGACGACGACGACGACGACGACGACGACGACGACAACAGCAGCAUGGUUUGUCGAGAUGAACGUAGAUUUAAAAGAAUUAGGAAACGGUAGGUUCGCAAAAGUUUAUCGAGCGAGGGACCAAGAAACAGGCCAGGAAGUGGCACUCAAGCAAAUAUCCCGACUGAAACAAUCGCAAUCAUUAACACGCGCCGAAUACGAUUUACUUCGAAUAGCUUGUCACGACAACAUCGUUCGAGCAUUCGGUUUGUUCGAGGAGACGCCCCAGCCGAACAUCGAUACUAUAGUUUUGGAACUAGUUAACGGCUCCACAUUGUUUGGAUUCCUCGGUGAAAAGAUCGAAUACACGGAGGGGAUCGUUUCAAAGUAUACUGGUCAGUUGUUGUCCGCAUUGCGCUGGCUGCAUUCCCGGAAACGAGCUCACUUAGAUCUAAAGCCGGAGAACGUUUUGAUUGAUCGGGACACCGAUCUUGUAAAAUUGAUAGAUUUCGGCGAAACUGUUAGAACAACGCCAUUAGACCAAGUAGUUCCUCCCGCCGAUUUAGAAUUUGCGGCUCCUGAAUCUGUCCUUGGUAAACCAAGAGGACCUUACACGGACAUGUGGGCUACUGGAGUCUUUCUUUACGUGCUCUUAAGCGGUCUUUCACCCUUUUUGGACGACUCCAUCGAAGAGACUACCACGAACAUAUUGAAAUGCGAUUUUUGUUUCCCCGAAGAAUACUUCGAAGAGAUAUCGAGCGAAGCGAAGGAUCUUCUCAGAGGAUUGUUAUCUUUGUGCGGAGAGGAGAGAUCGACCGCUCGAGUUUCCUUGUCAUCACCUUGGUUUCAGAUACCAGUCGGCGCGACAAUUCCUUCCUCUCGAAUGGUCGCGUUUAUUGACCGCCGCGCGCGUCGCUCGAAAUCACAUGAGGAUCGAAAUAGUAGUUUUUAUUCGUGAAGUUAUCGCAUU